UCAUAUAAAUUAUAUAUUAUAAGAGAUAUAAAAUACCAUAAUACAAUUUAUAGGUUUGUCGAAUGUUCACAAACGUUCUUUAUUCGAUUCAGUGUACGCAUAUUAUAAUAAAGUGAAAUUUUGUAUUACAAAAUGAAGUUGCAAUUUUUUUUUUGUUUGGUAUUGUUAAUACUCGCGACGCAGGCCAAAUCAGAAGUUUCAGAGCCUGAAAAAAUAUUUGAUAAUUUGCUCCAUUCGGCACUUGAUUUAACUCGUAGUUUGUCAGCAUUCGUACGGCAACCCAUAAAGCAAUAUGGAUUAGAUAAGAACAUUGAGGGGUUCUUAGAAAAAGUCCAAGAAUAUUACUUCGAUCACGGAGAUGAAAUAUUUGUACCAAUUGAUUCCGCCCUGACGAAAUUCAGUCAUAAGUUAACAGCUGAACAAAAGCGCUUUGUUAACGAUUUCUUCGCAUAUUUUGAACUUAUCAAGGAUCAGUUGCAGAACUUGAUCACUAAGAAUAAGGAUGGUGCAAUCAACACGCCUUAUAAUUUAUUACCCGAAAAUGUUAAAGAAAUCGUACAAAAAGCUGGACGUGAAGUUGAACAGCUCUUGAAGACAUUUAAAGAAAAAGUCGAAAGCUAUCACAAGGAAAACAAAAAUAAUUGAACAAAUAACGCGAAUUUUAAUUUCUAUUUGAAAUGUUAAAAUAUAUUUUAAUUGUUAUCGUUGUAGUUUUUUAACAUUCGUUUCGCAAAAAGUAAGUUUUUUAAUAAUGUCAGCAAUAAAGUUUAAACAGUUCUAACCGAAUAAUUUACAAAUAAAGUGAUAAAACCUAAAAGUGAUCAAGUGACAUUUUUUUUUCAAAGACAAGUUUUUGAUCAUACAAAAUUAGUCAGUGAGCCUUUUUUUUAUCUGCGUAUGUAUUAUAGUUUUUCAUAAAAAUUAAAAAAAAAAUAAUGAACAAAAAAUACAUUGUAAGUAUAAUUUUAAUAUUGCUAUAAAAUCUCUUACAACAUUUUAUAAUAGUAUACCAUUGUAGUUCUCAUCAAACGAAUAUAAUUAUAAAAAAUAUAUUUUUUAUCGAAAUUAAGAUUCACUUUUUUUUAUAAAAAAUCUACAAAAUAACAUAAAAAUUGAUAGAAAAGUAGAUCAAGCAAAAAAUUAAACAGUAGUUACUUUUUACAUACCGUCAUUUACCACAAGUGUUAUCUAUGCAUAUAUGCAUCAUAAGCUAAUAUUUAAAGUUAUAUACCCUGACAUAUCAUUAAAUUUAAUUAAAAUAAACUAAACUAGUAGAUGCUGCAAAAAAGAGCUGAACGCCCAAAAACAUAAAAAACUCUGAAAAGCAAAACACUACCGUUCGCCAUUCAACAGAUAACGUAUACAAACUACUUGGUUCAUUACUCAAACUAAGAGAUUUUUAAGUUGGAUAAAACAUAUAUUUGUCUAUAUUUAAUUUAUUUUGCUUGAUAUAUUUUUCUAUAAAUUUGUACAUUAUUUUAGCUGUUUUUCUUGAAAAUUUAAUGAAAAAAGUGUUUGUUGUAUUAAAAAUGUUUUCCCAGUGA